AUGGAGGGACUCUUCACUUUGCUCGCAUUGAGCAUUGUGAUGGCCAUUACAUCAUUUGUCGUGGGAUCACUACCGCUCGCCUUCACACUUUCUCCUUCUCAGCUGAGAUUGAUAUCCUCCCUUGGUAUGGGAGUUCUGGUUGGGACAUCUUUGAUCGUUAUUAUUCCGGAGGGAGUCGAAACCCUAUACAGCGCAAACUCCCUUAGCAGUCGGAAAGAACUUAGCAGCCGAUCGACAACAGCCGUCAAUUGGCAACACCAGGCUGUACCUGUGACCAACUUCCCGAGGACAUUGGAAGGACUAGAUUCCUCUGAUGUCGAACUUACGCCUCGAUCGGUGCUAUCCGACCUGCCAUCCGCACCUGUCACGGUACCUACAACCCAUUCUACACUAGAUGAAAGGCCCAGAAUUAUGGGACGCAAGGACGAUACAUCGGACGAUCACACAGGCGAGGAUCACGACGAAGAUAACUCGCCCCACGCUUGGAUAGGAAUUGCACUCAUUAGUGGCUUUAUACUGAUGUACCUCAUCGACAAACUGCCCGUCUUCGCGUCAUCCUCCAAACAGGAGCGAAUUCCCUAUCACAUUUCGCUGGAUAAUUUGGGUUCCGGCCUGCGGCGUAAUUCGUCGCCGUCACGCGAGGGGGGCUUGCUUGACGCCGGAAAUAUUCCCAGGAGAAGCCACAGCUUUGCAACGACAACUGGACUUGUCAUUCAUGCCGCCGCCGAUGGAAUCGCCUUGGGUGCAUCUAGCUCUGACACUGGGCUGAGCUUCAUCAUCUUCCUGGCCAUCAUGGUUCACAAAGCCCCCGCAUCAUUUGGCCUCACCUCAGUGCUACUGAAGCAGGGCCUUUCUAGUCGUACCGCUAGAGCGCAUUUAUUGAUUUUCAGUUUGGCUGCUCCUGUGGGUGCUCUCAUGACAUUUUUGUUUGUGCAGAUCAUGGGCUCGGGCUCAGGAGGUGAUGGCGUUGGGAACCGCUGGCGAACCGGUGUACUUCUCUUGUUCUCGGCUGGCACAUUCCUAUACGUUGCUAUGCACACGAUGCAGGAAAACAGCCCGAACUCAUCGUCACGUGAGUCUCAGGUCAACGGAUACGGCGACCAUAGAGAAGCACCGUCAGCAUCGGACAAGUCUAUGAGGGACCUGAUCGCUUCUGUUGUUGGCAUGGUUCUUCCACUGUUCCUGCAGAUUGGCCAUGCCCACUAG